GUUUGACAACGGCAAAAUUAAUGUUUGGAAAUGUAAACUGAUAUUUUAUACUGACAUACUACAGCAAAAUAUAUAAAUAACUGUCCGAACACCAUUCUUUUAAGUGAAAAUACUAAAGUGUCUAAGACUUUUGCACAGUAGUGUAUGUAUAAAGUACGUAUGAUUAAAUUAAGUAUAUUUAAGUAAGUGUAAUUAAAGUAUGUGUUCGUUCAUAUGUGUUAAAGGCUAGAUUUUCGCUGGAGGAAACGGCUGUGGUGUGAUGAGCGAAAACUUUACAGAUGAGAAACCGACUGCUACCUCGUGACUUUUUGUAAACUGUAUUUAUGACAAAGAACUGCACAGAUAUGGAUAUUCUAACAAUCUAUCGAUAAACACAUACCUUGUGUCCUCUGUUUGUUUAAGUGCGCAUGCGCUGCUCCGUUCGCGGUCUGCGCCUCUGCGGAUUGAAGAGCGCGCUGAAAGACGGGAGGAGACCGGUCUGACGCUGGUUUCAUGUGAAAUUUAAGCGGACUGACUCUGAGGCGAUCGGAUACCGGUUCCAUACCCAACCCUACUUUUAAGAAAUAUAUAUUUUGAUAAACGAACCCAAAACUGUCUAUGUCCUGGAUGGACUGUGAUGUGAUUUGUGUCACGUGCAGGUGCGAUGGAUCACGUGCAGGUGCGAUGGAUCGCGUAAAGACCAAUAGGGUGUCGGAAUGUACUGGCGGCAGGUGUACCUGGUAACCGUUCUGGCCAUGAUGUUGGCAGUGUUCUUUGCCCAGAUACACCCUCAUUACUUGACGAAGAAGUGGCAGAAGCUUCGCUCAGUUAUAUUCUGUGCUGUGACGGGAUAUGGCCUAAUCCCAACCUGUCAUUGGAUCUGGCUCAGUGGGGGCUUCAGCUCAGACAUAGUCCAGGAAUUUGUCCCCAGAGUGCUGAUCAUGUAUGUACUUGCCGUAGCUGCUAUCAUCUUCUACAUGUCCAAAGUUCCAGAGCGUUAUUUCCCAGGUCAACUGAACUUGGGCUCCAGCCAUCAGGUCUGGCAUAUUUUAGUGGUGCUCAUGUUCUACUGGUGGCAUCAGUCUGCACUUUUCAUAACCAACUAUCGUCACUCUCACCCUUGCCCGGACUACCCUCUUCAUUCCUAGAGUUAUGGGAUCGAGGGACACCAGUGAGGACUGUUGUAUACCAUUUUAAAUGAUCUUUAAGCUUAAACAUAUUGUUUAGAUAAUAAGAUUGAGGUGGUUUUUUUUUGUCAUCUAUUUUGAAUGUUUUUAUGCAUUUUGUAAAGUGAUGUUUCAGUCUAAAUACAAAUUAAAGGCACUUGAGGUAAUUAGUUAGGCUUUUAAAAAUCAAGGUGAGCACCAUUUCACUGGGUCUGUGUGCAUUUCUAUUUUAUACAGAUGUACUUGUUGGGUAACAUGCAGGUUAUGUGGCCAAUAAGUCUGUUACAUACUAAUUGUUCUAAUAGCGUUCAUAGUAUUAUUAUCUGUCUGUUCAAUAUUGUAUUUUCACCUAAGAUUCAGUCAUUCACAAGCUUAAUUGUACUUUGAUUUAUGUUGGGUUUGUGCAAACAUUAAUUUUGUAUGUUUUUUCAAACGUACAUUAUGUAAUAGUUUAAAUGAGACUUAAGUCAUAUAGUCUCAUUUACAACAUGGAAUAAACCAAAGAGAUUUGAUAGGGCUUGUUCAGUGAAUUGUUCAGAGAUUGGUAAAAUGACUCGCAUAAGUGGAAAAUAUAUUUUGCGGGUGGCUGCACAGCAUUGCCUUUUUGUAAUACAUCAGUAUUUUUUUGUAUUGAUAGACAGAUGAGUCCUUGUUUAAUAUUUUUUACUUUGUUGCCAACAAACUGCAAUUUAAAAAUCUUUCCAUGCAAUUAAUGCAUUUAACACACCAGUCUGUAUGAGUCUUCAUCAGGUUGUCUCAGUUGAGGUAUCAAGUCAAAGUUAGGACUGUAAUGUGAAAUACAGCUACAUGUUUUCAGUUAACUUUCAGUGAACUGUACAGCUAUACUUCAUUUUUUUAAACAGCGCAAUGUGCAUUUUUAAUGCUUAAUUUUAUGAUGUUAUUUUUGUUAGCUGUUAUUGAAUCAUGAUGCUGCAUUAAGUAACACUAUUUGAAUUUUUUACUACAUGUUGGGAUAUGGGUUCUUCAGUACAUCUGAAUAAACA